CUGAGUCUGGGGGUGGGAUCACGGUGUGAGCCUGCGCCUGGCUCCAGGGUCUAGUUGGGGGUUGGGAUCGGGGUGUGAUCCCGACCCAGCCUCGGUCCGUCCGCCCGCGGGGGGAGCAAUGGGUGUUAGGAGAACAGAGGAGACACUGGGCGAAUGGUGGCUCUGAGUGAUCAGCCCAAGUCUUCCCCCGGGAUUUCGGUCAAGCAAUUAAGACCUCUGCCAUGGCAGCAAAACCGAUUGUGACUUCGAAGCAGAGAGAGGAGGUGGUGAGGGGUGUCCCAACAGAGGUGGUGUGCACGGCCUUCUCCAACUCCAUUCUUGUGGUGGUGACGCAGUAUGGGAAGAUGGGAACGCUUGUCUCUGUGGACCCCAGCACAAUAGCCAAUGACGUCAGCAAACCUUCACUCACCACAAAAGUGCUGCUGGGCACAGAUGAGCCCCUCAUCCAUGUUUGUGCUAAAAACCUGGUGACAUUUGUGUCUCAGGAAGCUGGGAACAAACCUGUUCUCCUGGCUCUAGCUUUGAAGGACAAGAGCAUGGAAGGAAUAAAAGCGCUGCAGGAGUUGAUCCGAAGUUGCCAAGUGUGGUGAAGCUGUGCUGUCUGGAUGCAAGGAAGGGAUCCUGGGUCAGUGACCUACCACUGUUUAUUUAAAAGGACAAAACAUGCUUUUAUGCUGGUUUUGGAUCCUGUUGAAGAUUUCAUGAAUUUUCUCUACCACGUAGAACUUUGGGAGAUUUUGCUGUUGUUGGUGGGUUUGGAGCCCAUGCCGUUAAGCAGUGAAGUUAGAACAUUUUUCUCAAUACAAAAUGAAAUUUCAUUUCCAUCACAUUGGGUGGGGGAUGUAUAUUUGGAAACCUGCAUGUGGCUUUGCAGCAGUGUCCAGAGAAGUGAAUGGCUUCAAGCAACGUCACAAUGAAACGCUGUGCUGCAAAGUGUAAAAUGUGAUGUAGAAUGAAUAAAAAUACACAUUGGCAAAUG